AUGGAUCCUUUUGACCCCGCUACCUUUGACGUAGACGAAUUCCUUGGAUCCUAUGCCAAUGAACUACCCGAAAUUAACUGGAUAGACUACCUGGAUCCGCUGCCAGAGGGUGAGGAAGAACGACCAGCGUUGGAAGAAGAGGAAGGACAAGGAGAAGAGGGAGAAGAAGCAGAAGAGUUAGAAGAAGAAGAACGGCCCUUGUUUACAAGUGUCGAUGAUGUGCGAUUCCAAAUGGGAAACGUCCUACAGGAGAUCAACCGUAUGUAUGGGGAGAGAGGACUGGCGGUCGUGGAUGAGGUGUUGUUCGAUGUUCGUGCUGAUAGGGCAUUGGAAGCGGCGGUAGAGAAAAUUCGAGGUGAGCUGGUGACGAUGCCCGUUGUAGUCGCAGCAGCAGGAGGAGGAGGGUUAGACGAGGUAGCAGGGAGCUUGCUUCGCUGGCAUGGCUAUUGUGCGGCCGCUCCCAGAGGCCAAAAAUAUCUCUAUUGGGCGCAGUUGUUGUCGUUGGUGGAGGAAAACGUCGUAAACGGGAUGAAGGGGAUGUGUCGGGUUCACCGCUGGUUCGACUUCUUGGCUGGAAGAGCAGCAAGUACUUCCGGAUUAUGCGCUGCUUACGGCGCUUACAAUGUACCGUUCAGUGUGGUAGAAGGUGCGAAUGAUACGGUGUGGCAAGGGUGGCAAGAGACCAUUGCUCAAGAUAGGCACCUUGCGUUUAUGAAUACGGUGGAGUUUUAG